AUGACCCGCCGCAGGACAGAGGCCUUCGGCUCAAAGCCGGUGCUGCUCCUCCUCCACGGCGCGGGCAGCUCUGCCGCCAUCUUCCGGAUCCAGACACACUUCCUAGCCAAGGCGCUCAGCCCCUACUUCGACCUCGUCUAUGUGGACGCUCCGGUCCGGAGCGCCCCAGGGCCGGGCAUCCUGCCCUAUUUUCAGGGCAUGGACGCUUACUACCGGUGGUUUGGCGCCGGGGUUGAGAAGGAUAUUUCAAGGGGCCGGAAUACACAUGAAAUCCCAGACUCGUUCCUAUCACCGGAGACUGCGGCUUCUUCUUCGUCACGGCGCUCACCGCCCAAGCGCCGGGGCUCAUCAUCCGCCGCCGCCGCCGCCGCCGCCGCCAAGACCCGCGGGACAGGCCGGCGGGGCGUCUCACCAGCGGCGGCCAUCAACGCGGCAGCGGCGCUGGGGCUGAAUCUCCCCCGGGGCGCCGAGGGCCUGGGCCGGGGCGUCAUGGGCCUGCUCGACAUCGCCAACCAGAGCAUCCCCCAGCAGCUCGAGGCGCAGGGGGUCCGCGGCCGGGAUGUCGUCGGCGCGGUCGGCUUCUCGCAGGGCGCCCUGGCCGCUCUUGGUCUCCUGGGCGUCGAGCUGGCCAUCGGCUCGCCGCAGUGGAGUAACCUGCGCUUCUGCGUGGUGAUGGGCGGCGCGACGGGGGGCGGGGCGGCGCAGGCGGCCGUCGAGGGCAUGAUGGCUGCCGCGAAUAUGCUCGGCGGGGACAAGCAGAUUCCGCCGCCGUCGCCAUCGGAGAGAUUGGCUCCAGGAGGGCCGGGUGCGGAGCCUCACCUGUUCCCAGGCCACACCGUCCACGUCAUUGGGCGCUGCGACCCGUGGGUCAAGGACAGCCGGCAGAUCGCGGGGAUGUGUAAUCCGCGGCGGUCCAAGGUCGUGGAAUUCGAGGGCGGACACUGGGUUCCGCGGGAGAAACAGGAGAUCUCGCGUGUAGUAGACCUGAUCCUUGAGACGGAGUUGGACAGCCGCCGCGAUGCGGAUGACUCGUCGAGUUCCUCGUCCGAGGACGAGGUUGAGGUGUUGAUGCGCAGGUUGGAUGCCGUCUCGGUCAGGUCCUAAGCGACUCUGCAAUCUUUUCGAAACCAUUAAUCUUUUGUAUUCUAUUUUUUGCUUUGCAGCACUCAUGUCCUUCUCUCAUAGGUCUCAUCACGGCCCGGGUGUCGUUGUAUGUGUGUGAGCGUACCAGACAUAUUCGUUCGCGAGGAACUCCCUUGAUCAUUCGGAUCCCCCUGAUUGAACGAAAGUUUUGGUCUUCCUCUUCGGCGUUCUGUGUAGGGUCUACAUUGUAUGGGUCAUAGGCUGGCUGGCGCAAGGCGUGAUGGUUGGGAUGGUCGGGAUGGCUUGAAUCAAAGGCAUGACAGAUCUUGGUCCCAUUGUCCCUCCGGCAUGUAUCCACCAUGGUGCCUUUUUUCCUGUCUCAUCCGCAUGUUGAGUCUAGGAGCCCUCAGCCGGGCAGCUGUAGAUUUUACGAGGCUCUGGCUGACACUUAUCCACCGAUUAUUUGCCACCCAGAGAGGCAGCCUCGUCAUGAGCCAUCGACAGUUCGCGGGCUCAUCGACGAGAUGAUCCUGCCAUCCCGCAUUGGCAACGAACAGCGUCC